AUGAAGUUCAAAAUGGCAGAAGAGAGCCAACACGAAACCCCAGCGCUUGCGGCACUGAACACUAGUGUUCGUCUCUCGUUUAUAAGCGAGACGGGAUCGGGAGUAGUAAUGAGACCAUCUGAGGACGAUCCGACUUCAUACGGUCCAAGCAGGCUGUUCGAGUCCCUAUUUACGUCAACGGCUGCGCCACAACAUACACGAGAUUUGAUCGCAUUAUGGUGA